AGCGCUCGGGGUCAUUCUGGAUCGCAAACUCAUAGAAGAAAUCCCUCGUUGCUUUUUUUUUCCUCUCUCAGACGUCAUUGCCAUUUUUGAAUGGUGUUUUUUUUUUUUUUUUGUCCGAUACACGGUCGUCCUGUGAGUUCAGUGAAAGAGUUCUCAGUAAAAGCGAGCCCUGUGUGUCGCGGACGGCGGUGACAUUUCUCGGGCGGAGGGGAGUUUCCAGGAAGUGGCCAUAUUGGACAGCGCGAGCCCUCUCCCGCCGUGCGGAGAGAACGGUCCCAGCUGCGCCCCACCACUUCUCCCACAAAAACCUUGACACGCCGCACUGCGUGAUGGCCGCGCCGGACGUGGACGUGUUUUCUAAUGAAGAAAAGAGGAACCUGAAUUUGGGUGGCCAUGUUGGCUUUGACAGUCUUCCGGACCAGCUGGUCAGUAAAUCGAUCACACAAGGGUUUUGCUUCAAUAUUCUUUGUGUUGGGGAGACAGGCAUUGGCAAGUCAAUGCUGAUGAACACACUCUUCAACACCACAUUUGAAAAUGAAGAGGCCAGCCACUACCAGAAUGGUGUUUACCUGCGGCCCAGGACGUAUGACCUUCAGGAGAGCAACGUUAACCUCAAAUUAACCAUUGUAGACACGGUGGGUUUUGGAGACCAGGUCAACAAAGAGGAGAGCUAUAAACCCAUCGUGGAUUACAUCGACACACAGUUUGAGAACUACCUUCAGGAAGAGCUGAAGAUUAAGCGCUCCCUUUUCAAUUACCAUGACACAAGAAUCCACAUCUGCUUAUAUUUCAUCGCUCCUACAGGACACUCGCUCAAAUCCUUGGAUUUAGUUACAAUGAAGAAACUGGACAGCAAGGUGAACAUAAUCCCCAUCAUUGCUAAAGCUGAUACAAUUUCAAAGAGUGAGCUGCACAAGUUCAAGAUCAAGAUCAUGAGUGAGCUGGUCAGCAAUGGAGUCCAGAUCUACCAGUUCCCCACUGAUGAUGAGGCUGUCACAGAAAUCAACUCUUCAAUGAAUGCCCAUCUGCCCUUCGCUGUUGUGGGGAGCAUUGAGGAGGUGAAAGUGGGGAACAAAAUGGUGAAAGCCAGGCAGUACCCAUGGGGAGUGGUGCAGGUGGAAAACGAGAGCCACUGUGACUUUGUGAAGCUGCGAGAGAUGCUGAUCCGUGUGAACAUGGAGGACCUGAGGGAGCAGACACACACACGCCACUACGAGUUGUAUCGUCGCUGCAAACUGGAGGAAAUGGGUUUCAAGGACACAGACCCUGACAGCCAGCCUUUCAGCCUACAGGAGACAUAUGAGGCCAAGAGAAAAGAGUUCCUCAGUGACCUGCAGCGCAAGGAGGAGGAGAUGAGGCAAAUGUUUGUCAAUAAGGUUAAGGAAACUGAAGCUGAGUUGAAGGAGAAGGAAAGAGAGCUGCAUGAAAAGUUUGAACAGCUGAAGCGCAUGCAUCAGGAAGAGAAGAGGAAGAUAGAGGAAAAGAGAAGGGACCUGGAGGAGGAAAUGAAUGCUUUCAAUAGGAAGAAGGUGGCAGCUGAGACUCUGCAGGCUCAGUCCUUACAAGGCCUACAGCAGCCACUCAGGAAGGACAAAGACAAGAAGAACAGGUCUGUAAAAACAGAGAACCAGUCGGGCGUCAGCCUCUCCAGCUCCAGGGUGAUGAUGGCCAAGGCCAGCGUGGAGCCCUUGAACUGCGACAGCUGGUGGCAGGCCAUGCAGUGCUGCACCUGUCUGAUCCAGAGCGCCGUGUGGAAGAAGGGCUCCGUGUGACGACGCCGACGAGGAAGCCGGGGGAGUCCCGGCAUCGCCAGGGCGUGGAACUGCAACCAUCGUGAACGGGAAACAGACACGCCGUGCCGUCAGCUAUCCUCCUCUCCUCAGCAAGGAUUUCAACGCUCUGCUCUCUAGAUCUCUCCCAGAUGGACCACCUCACCCCCGCAUCUUCCCGACCGCUCUUUUCCCCCCUCGGCUCGGGUGCCGACCCCCUGUUGCUAACGUAGGUGUUGUGCUUGUCCGCCUCUCUGACUGUUAAUGUCGACUAAUAGACCGCAAGGCCCGUUGCACAGGCAGCUAGUUGAGCUCGUGUUCCUGUUUGUACCUACCAGACUUACUCCUGUUUACAAAACCUGUUUACUCUGCAUUUAUAAAGCUUUACGGUUACGCAAUUAUUUCUGCAAAUAAGCCAUGAUUGCGGGAUUAAACCGAAAAAGAAUUACGGGAUGUAAUGUCACAUAGUGAAGUAGGCGAAAAGCUGACCUCCGGUGAUUACAGUUACAGCCGAGAACCCAAGGGAAAAAAAAAAAAAAAGAAAAAAGACGACGUGACGAGUUUAGGUUCAGAAUGAUG